AUGGUCAAAGACAACGACACCGUCAUCGACGAAUUCAACUCCCUCGUCAACAUGACGCCUAACGAGCUCCGGAACUGGCUCAAAAAAGAGCAAUCGCAGUCCUCAGGAUGGACUGGCGAGUCGGGUGAGACGAUCGGGCAUGAAAGCGGUCGAAAAAUUGUCAACAUCCUCGAACACAACCCAUCCAAAGAGCCCUCUGAGUACUCAGACGAGGACAUUGAUCACAUGCGGCGGGUUGUGGCGUACUGCAAACGGCAUCUGGCGCAGGAGGGGAAGGCGAAGCAGGAUACGGAUAGUAGGAGUUAUAAGUCGUUGAAGAAUUGGGGACAUGAUCCGUUGAAGGGGUAGAGGCUGGGGAUGCCUUCUGGAUUUUUGGUGCAGUUGUGACAGGCGGGAGGGAAAUUUAUGUAGUCACUUUGGAAGG